AUGCCGUGCACAUUUCGAGCUCGUGUGAAUCAGCUCUGGUCAAUAUGGUACACAGUUGCAAUGGUACUUCUUCAAGCUUACUUACUUUAUCUUGGUUUUGAACGUUAUCGAUUAUAUUCGGAAAUGAAGUGGCCGCAUGAUUCAUAUCCACGUCUUUGGUUGAAGGUGUAUAUUAUACUUUAUUCCUUAUGCAUACCUGGUUUGCUUCUAUUUAUGGCAUUUGGAAUAUUUAAAUCUGGUAAUAUAGCUGGUGACAACGAUCGUCUGGGUGCACGCAUUGAUCAAAGAUGCUCGCUUUUGCGAUAUAUAAAGUCAAUGUGGCAGCAUGCACCACCUUUACCGCAACUUAUUCACUUACUGAUGGCUUUUUUCCAGUUAUUCGCUCAACAAAUGAUGUUGUCACAACUUUAUCGAUAUGGUUUCAUCAAUUCCGGCGAUUUCUUGAACACGGAACUAGAUUUUCUGUAUCACCGUGCUCGGCAAUUAGCAACAAAUCUUCCAAUGCUUGAUAAUCGACUGCAGGGUUUUCGUAUUUCAGCGCAGGAUUUAACUGCUACACCAAUCAGCCCUAAUUUAUUACCAAUACUAAUGCAUGCUCGCUUAUUCGGUAUACCAUUGGAAUUCGUAAAUUUAGUUAUUGCACUUUUUGCAUACUCUUGUGCGUAUUCGGCAGUUUUUUGGCAUACGAAUAAAUCAUUCAGUUUCAUAUUUUCAAUUCAUUUGUUGGUAUAUUCAACGACUGCUAUCUGGUCAUAUCUCGGGUUUAGUGUUCUUCAUCACAUUCAAGAAACAAAUUAUGCUAGUGUUCGACCGGUGGGUCUCGGCCAGUAUCUGGUUUCUUCACGUUCUUUGAAAAUAUACCAUCCAUCUGCAAUUAUUGUCACGUAUGUGACUACAAUCAUUCUUAUUAGUAUUGCACCAAUUUCAUUGUAUAUGUAUGGUUAUAACAAAUACUUCGUUAGCAUGUCAAGUGUGAGGCAGAAAAGUGCUUCUCGGAGUCAAGCGAGUAGCAUAAAUGGUGCUCAGAGUGAGUAUUCAGAAUAUCGGCGUCGAAAUUCGUCUAAAUUACCGCAAACCAGUUUAUGUUGUGAUGGGUAUGCGCCUCAUAUAUUUGCAAUAAUUUUGCUUGUUUUAAUUGUUACUGCUAAAGCACCAACCAUAUAUGCUCAUAUGAUUAUCUAUCAGCAUGAAGAAAAAGCUCUUUUAUUGUCUUGCAUAGUUAUUGAUAUUGUUUACCUCUUUGUUUGGAUUAUCCUUUGGCUUAUACUUACACUCAAAAGGGAUUGGAAUUUCAAAGUUGUUCAUAAAGUGCACGAGAUAAUUGCUUUACAAAAUGGACCGCAAACAAUGAUGACUGUUCCUCCACAAAUCAUUGAAAAAAAACCAUCAGAACUGAAAAAUGCUUUAAUAUUAAUGCACGGUGAUCAGAUGUAUCUGACGGAUGAUAAUAUAGCAAAACAGUCCAUAUUGCGACAGCAAAAAAACGGGAUAAGUAGUGCAACAGGAGAAGGUGUUUAUUGGUUGAAAGGGAAUACAACUAUACACUCACCAAGUACUAGAAGAGUUCCAUUAAGUGAAAACAUGAAAGGAACACCAGAGAUGAAUCGGCUUCUCGGUAUCUCUACAAUUCGUCGACGAAAUAGCGAUGAAAUUUCGUCGCCCAGUACAACUUAUCAUACGGUUUUUCAUCAGUUUCUUGAAUUCUAA